AUGAGUGUAUCGCAACCAAUCGAACAAUACUAUAGUGUCAUUGAUAACACAACGGAAGCCCUGUCCAGAGAUCCAACGAAUGUCAAGGCUUUAUAUCGUCGAUCGAAAGCUUACACAGAAACCUGGGAUUUGGAUUUGGCAGCCAGUGAUUUAAAAAAGGUAGCUGCGUUAAUGCCUGAGAUGACGGAAGCUGCGGAAGCAGAGUUGAAAGCGUUGGAAAAUAAACGCGCUGAUCAGGAGUUGAAGGAACGGCGUCUGUUGGCCGGGAAACUUUCCAUUCAGGGCAAUCUAUCCGGACUUCCUCCAGCACACGGAUAA